CACAUCCAGACAGACACAGACACAGACACAGACACUCAGACAGAGCCAUCAUGGACCCAAACACAACCAUUCUACGAGUGAAAAGAAAGCGGGGAACUGACCCGGCAGAUGCACUGCUGCUGGCCUGUAAGCGGAUCCGUCCGGAGUCUUCUCAGAGCCCCAGUGAAACGGUACCAGAACCUCGAGAGGAGGAGGUGGAAAACUCCGUGUUCAAACUCGUGGCGACUGUAGCAACACAGGAUGCUCCAGUCCAAACUCAGGUGCGACAGGCCUUGGCCCGGCCCCGCAUGGCGCACGCUCUUCGUCCCUCUGCUGCCAGUUCACAGCGCAUCAUUGGGGAUCUCCGCAGCUCCAAGUGGAGCACCAGGCGCGAGGAGCGCUACAGGCUGAUCUCCAGUCACCGCACGGCAGUGUCUACCCCAACUGAGCAGCAGAACCCCCCCACAGAUGCUGCACAGAGUGGAAUGGACAACACUAAAGGACAGGGCAAAAGUUGGGCUCUUGGAGAGAUUCAGGUGGUCGAUUUGCUACAUGAAGAUGCACAGGACCAGGAUAAGUCCGGAAAGACACUGACAGAUCCUGAGGUGGUCCUAUGUAACAACACUAAGAUGCUCCGUGAGCGGUUGUCCGUUUCUGGAGAAGGUCUUGGUGGAGAGCAUCGGGAGCAUGAAGAUGACUACGUCUAUGAUCUGUACUACCAGGAAACAGCCACACCUGGGUGGAUCCAGGACAUCCUGUCUGUCAGGGCCUAUGCAGACGAGGGAGAACUGGUACCUGAUCUUGUAGUUCAUGAAGAAGAGGUGUAUGAGGAUGAGGAUGAUGAGAAUGAAGAAGGCAACUGGAGGAAUGACUAUCCCGAUGAAGACAGUGAUGAAGAUAGUGACCGGGAGGAGCGCUAUGGAGGUUACUGGGAGGAGGAGCACUCGUACAGCCGGAGGAGCUGGGAGCAGUACCAAAGGGAGAUGCUGCACGAACUCGGCCGAUGCGGUGAAGAUGAAGAUGACGAAGAGGAUGGAGACAAAUACGACUCAGAUUAAAGAAAUGAUCAGUUGACUUUGUUUUCAAUUUACACCAACCUUAAAAACAUCUAUGAGAGGGAGGACUAGUAACUAGGACGAUACCAUAAAAAUACUUUAAAAAUCAGCAUUCCAUUAGUUCCAUUGGCUUCAUAUAUCAGCUAGUAUUGACUUCACUUUAAGCAUGUUUAUUUGGCUUAAGUCCUUCCUCUGAAUUGUAUAGAUGCUGAGGUAGGUGCCUGAAUCCUUUUAUAUUGUUGAGUGAAUUUUGGUAUGGGUGUUUGAAGUAUGCGUUACAAAAAUGUUGCACAGUUGUGUGAUAUGCUUCGUAUGCUUUGUGAUGUUCAAACUUGAGUUAGCGAGAUGUAUUGGCCCGCUGCGUGGUUGCAAAUUUGCCUGUUUGCAUUGUUCGUGCAUGGUAGAGUGUUAACGUAUUGUGUGUGCUAGGUAAUGCAUAAUGUGUAAAUGUGUUCUCUUUAAGGUAUGGACCGUUUCUUUUGAAUGCUUGUUGAAUUAAACUGUUUUUGUAUAUAUGUACAUGUGUAUAAAAAGCUUUCAAAAUAAAACUUCUUUGGUUUUAUUGCA